GACUUGACAAUGGUCCAGGACUUGACAAUGGUCCAGGACAUGACAAUGGUCAAGGAUUUGACAAUGGUCCAGGACUUAACAAUGGUCCAGGACAUGACAAUGAUCCAGGACUUGACAAUCGUCCAGGACUUAACAAUGAUCCAGGACUUGACAAUGAUCCAGGACUUGACAAUGGUCCAGGACUUAACAAUGAUCCAGGACUUGACAAUGGUCCAGGACUUAACAAUGAUCCAGGACUUGACAAUGGCGACGCAAGGAGCAGCAGCCGCGUCGACGCUCUGUGGAGAGUCAGCAACAUGUACACGACGCUCAACAUGUAUAUAAGGGCCGGGAACAACUAUACUAUGGCCGGGAACAACUAUACUAUGGCCGGGAACAACUAUACUAUGGCCAGGAACAACUAUACUAUGGCCGGGAACAACUAUACUAUGGCCAGGAACAACUAUACUAUGGCCGGGAACAACUAUACUAUGGCCUGGAACAACUAUACUAUGGCCGGGAACAACAAUACUAUGGCCAGGAACAACUAUACUAUGGCCAGGAACAACUAUACUAUGGCCAGGAACAACUAUACUAUGGCCAGGAACAACUAUACUAUGGGCGGGAACAACUAUACUAUGGCCGGGAACAACUAUACUAUGGCCGGGAACAACUAUACUAUGGCCGGGAACAACUAUACUAUGGCCUGGAACAACUAUUCUAUGGCCUGGAACAACAAUACUAUGGCCAGGAACAACUAUACUAUGGCCAGGAACAACUAUACUAUGGCCAGGAACAACUAUACUAUGGCCAGGAACAACUAUACUAUGGUCAGGAGCAACUAUACUAUGGCCAGGAACAACUAUACUAUGGCCAGGAACAACUAUACUAUGGUCAGGAACAACUAUACUAUGGCCAGGAACAACUAUACUAUGGCCAGGAACAACUAUACUAUGGAACAACUAUCUAUGGCCAGGAACAACAGAACUAUGGCCAGGAACAACUAUACUAUGGCCAGGAACAACUAUACUAUGGCCAGGAACAGAACUAUGGCCAGGAACAACUAUACUAUGGCCAGGAACAACUAUACUAUGGCCAGGAACAACUAUACUAUGGCCAGGAACAACUUUACUAUUGCCAGGAACAGAACUAUGGCCAGGAACAACUAUACUAUGGGCAGGAACAACUAUACUAUGGCCAGGAACAACUAUACUAUGGCCAGGAACAACUAUACUAUGGUCAGGAACAACUAUACUAUGGCCAGGAACAACAAUACUAUGGCCAGGAACAACUAUACUAUGGCCAGGAACAACUAUACUAUGGCCAGGAACAACUAUACUAUGGCUAGGAACAACUAUACUAUGGCCAGGAACAACUAUACUAUGGCCAGGAACAACAGAACUAUGGCCAGGAACAACUAUACUAUGGCCAGGAACAACUAUACUAUGGCCAGGAACAGAACUAUGGCCAGGAACAACUAUACUAUGGCCAGGAACAACUAUACUAUGGCCAGGAACAAUUAA